AAUAUUUAACGGUAAGUAGUAUCUAAAUGACUAAAUCCUAAGUUCACAAACAUAAUUCUUCAUAAGCUUGACUCACUGUUUCUCAUUCAAAUAAUAGUCUAUCUUGUACUUACUGACACACGCUAUAGCUUGAAUAUUAUUCUUUAACAAACCGUGUCAUCUAAGAGUACAUACAAUUUUUUUUUUAACACAUCAUAACUUUUUUCUAAGAAAUUUCCACACUUCUUCUCUGUUGCCCCUUUGAUUGACUGAUUGUGUUCCAUUAUUUAUUCAUUCUUAUCAUCAUCAUUAUUUCACUUGAUCUUCGUCUAUUUUUAUUUGCUUACAUUUUGGUCAUUUGUUGUUUAUUUUUAUUUUAAAAAAAAAAAGGUGAAGUUGAUGAAAUAAUAUAUAAUUAUUUUUACAAUGGAAGCACCAGGGUUUCGAUUUUAUCCUACAGAAGAAGAGUUAAUAUCAUUUUAUCUUCAACAAAAGCUUCAAGGACGAGCAACACAAGAUAUCGAUGGUGUUAUACCUGUGGUUUAUAUUUACGACUAUAAUCCAUGGGAUCUUCCACAAUUAUCAGGGGAGCGAUGUAGGAAUGAUCCACAGCUACAAGAAUGGUUCUUCUUCAUACCAAAGCAAGAGCGAGAGGCUAAUGGAGGACGGCCGAACCGCCUCACCACCCUUGGUUACUGGAAAGCCACCGGGUCUCCUAGUUACGUCUACUCCUCAAAUAAAAUCAUAGGAAUUAAGAGGACAAUGGUAUUCUACCGUGGCCGAGCUCGCAGUCGAUCAGGCUCUAAGACUGACUGGAAGAUGAAUGAGUACAUAGCCAUUGAUGAUCAAUCCUCAUCUUCUACUAAUCCUGUUCCAUCUCAAAAGGGAGAGUUUACGGUAUGCCGAGUUUACAUUAAAUCAAAGUGCUUACGAGCAUUCGAUAGACGGCCGGCUGCACCACCACAGCCACCACCACCACCACCCAUGAAUAGACCGGUAUUAGGUCAUCAAGUUGAUAAUGACCAACCAAGUUCAUCGGAACAAGCUCGAUCGAGGGUCGAGAAUAGAAGGUGGAGAUCAAGUGAGAGUUCUUCAUCCUCAGGGGAUCAUCAUCAUCAUCAAGCUACAGGCAAUAAUAACACCAAUAAUGAUCCUUCUCAAGGAAUUAAUCAUGAAUUCAACAUUUUAUUGGACAUGGAAAUUGAUGAUAAGCAUUUGUGGGAAUUGGAUGAUUCAUGGAUGAACAACUUUUGAUCUCAAUUGAAGUUACUCCGGGCCACCUGUUAAUCUCCGUUUCAAAUUAUUUGCAAUAAUUAAACAUAAUUUAAAUAGUUUUUUUUUUUUUUUUGUUUU